GUUCACUCUUCCAGAAAAUGUCGAUUUCCUUCCGCGUCAAUCCCGAAUACGCUCAAAUGAGCGAAAUUGUGCCCGGGCUGUUCAUUUGUGGUGUGAGCGCCCUGACACCCGAUGAAAUGAAAAAGAACAAGAUCACUCACAUCAUCAACGCCACCACUGAAGUGCCAAACCUCAGAAGCCUCGGCGACAUCCAACGCACUAAGCUUUGGCUCGAGGACACCCCACAGACCUACAUCUACCCACAUUUGGAACUUCAGAGUGACCAGAUUCAAGCGCUUAUUGCUGACGGCGGUAGGGUACUUGUCCAUUGCGUGGCCGGUGUUUCACGGUCAGCGUCGAUUUGCCUCGCAUUUUUGACGAAAUAUAGGUGUCGUUCACUUCGUGACGCCUAUCAUUUGAUGAAGCUUAAAAGGCCAAUGGUCCGUCCUAAUCUAGGAUUCUGGAGACAGCUCAUCGCCUACGAGCAGAAUGUGAAGGAGAAUACUGGCAGUGUUCGUCUCGUACGCGAUGAAGCUCAACCCGAUUGUUUAUUGCCUGACGUGUAUUUGUCAAUUGCAAUUCAGCCUCGACCAACGAGCCCCGACCACGAGGGCAACGAGCGACACGACGAGCCCCGGGAACGACGUCUGUCCGGGCUCCGACCGAAAUUCCAACCGGUGCUCGAGCCCCUGUUGGAGAUCACCGAGGCGGUUUGCUAAAACCACACACCGCGCAAGCACUGCCAGCGCUGUAUACAACUAGAGCUUAUUCUAUUCUAAAGCCCCGUCUCCUGGGACCGAAUGUAAAAAAGAAGGACAAACGGAAAAUGCCUCCAGAAUUUUUUUGUGAGAUUUCCUCGCCAAUUCCAUUAUUUUUGUAUAUGUUCUGAGACAACCAUAUUUGUUGUUUUAUAAUAUAUAUGAUGUUCCACAAACUCUCUUGGCAAUUCUCGCUCUCAUCAGACAAUUUCUCGAAGGUUCUCAAGAAUUCUUACCUAAACCUUACAUUGUCACCCAACCAUCUUCACACUAUAUCCCCCCCCCCCACACUCGCUCUCGCAUACGGUCCAAUACGGGUCUAUUGCCUUGAAAGUCAUUAUGUCAUGUAUUUUCUUAUGUGGCGAUUAUUAUUUUCAAUUUGGCUAUACAUAGGGUUCACAGGCAUUACGGGAUACCAACCAGCACCCCAAACAUCCACCGAAAUUACGUCCAUUACAUCUUUAUUCCGUAAACUUGAGCAUAUUAUGCUCUCUUUCCAUCUCUUCCCAAAUCGCUCCACUUGGCUCUAGUUCUAUGUGCUAUUUUAGAGUUUCCCCGCCCGAUGUUUAGAGUGCAAUUUCCUUCUAUGUAAAUUUUUUUGUAAUAUUUCUAUUGAUUUGUGUUAUGCGAGGAACGGCGACUGUGUGGUCGGCCUGAACUCACCUCGUCGCCUGCUGCUGUGACCGCCUAAUUG